UUUCCAAUCGUCUGCCAUGUUUGAGGGGUCUGAGUCCGCGGACACACAGGAAGUCAAAUCUGAGAGCACCCUUGGGUCCUCUGUCUCCGCCUGCAGGAAGGUUUUGUGCAGUAACAGUGUUCUGGAUUCGUCGGAGUACUGGCUGAAGAACGAUAAGGCGCUCUGCAGAACGGGGUUCCUGGAGGACCAGCAGGACGGCGGCUGCCCUACAAUCUGCUUCGUGAACCUUGACAGACAUACUGCUGAACGGCAUGACGACAGCUAUGUUAAGAAACUGGCCUCAGUGUGCCCAGAGCUGCCACGGUUAAUUGAGUCUCUCGGAGUGCGGCAACCCAAAGAAAAUGAGAUUCUGCUUCUCAGCAGCCUAGAGUCACCGGACUCCUGCCAGCAUGACCCCAGCCACCCACAGAGGCAGAAAACAGCGGAUGUCUGUCUGGUGCAUUGCUCCUGUGGCCGCCCAACCCAAACCAACAGUGUCAUUUUUGAGAUCAACAAAUUCCUGAUUGGACUACAGUCAGGGCAAGAGAGACAGAGGCAUGGCCGAUUGGCUGGUCAGCGGGCUACUGAAGAUGACACCAAUCGCUCUGUGUCAUCGAUAGAAGAAGACUUCCUCACUGCCUCUGAACAGCUUGGGGAAGACAGUGAGGAUGACCCAUUCAGAAAUGAUUCUGAGAUUUCUAUCAUGCCCGAGUCAGUUAAGAUGUUGAGAGCAGCCCACGCUCAAAGAAGGAGUGAAAUAGAGAGAGAGGAUAGUGAGGACUCCGAGACCCUCUGCACCUCUUCCAACUCCCAAAAGCUUUCAAGAACAUAUUCCGCCCCCUCAAGAGGCCCAUCUGCUACCCCCAAAAAAGUCAGUCGUCACACCAGCGAGUCAGCUGGUCACUAUGCUACCAAUCUGGCUGAGUCAGUCCUGCAGGAUGCUUUUAUUCAUUUGUCACAAGAUGAACCUUCUUUUGUCACAGAGGCAGCAGUGAGUGUGUCCACCACCUCGCAGAACUCAAGUGAUAUAAGCCAUUCCAGUGAAGAGCCACUGAGGGCUCGAGCCUGCUCUUUUGAACUUCCUAAAAUCGUAAUUGUCCAGAGUCCUGACAACAGUGAGGAGGUAACAGAGUGGCCAGAAGCUCGGUCACAUGGGACAUCAGUGCAGGAUAAUGGAAAUAGGACCAAAACAAUAAACAACUCAGCAAUUGGACACGCCACCAAGCCAGUGGAAAUAGCUUUGGCAUGUGCUGCGAGUGUCAUUGGUACCAUUACCACCCCUCAGGUCACUGAACAACUCACACUGGAGUCAGGAGAAGAAGAUGAGUGUGAGCAUAAAGAAAAAGAGAGUGAGACCGAACAAGGGGAGUAUUCAUUUUCCUCUGCAGUAUGUGGAAUGUCUCAGGUCGCUGGAGCCGUAGCCGCUGUAGAUCUAGCAGAUGACUCUGGGGAUAGUGAUGACUCAACAGACGUCUACUCUGCCUCUAUCGGACUUCUGUCAGUUGCCCAAGCUUCAACUGCAGUGCCUCUCCACUGUAGCAUUGCAGAGGGCACCAGCGUCGAGGCUUUCAGAGCCAAUGUUGCUGAGGUUCUCCUCAGGGAAGCUUCAGCUGUACUCACCCACAGACAAAGUUACUCAAGCAUUGCAAACUUCCUUGAGACCACACAUAACAAAAUAGUGGAUGGUAUCACAAUUCCAAGAAGGCCCUAUCAGGAACAACAGGAUCUUGAUAACUUUACCCAGGAAAUAUCAGAUAAUAUCUUUCAGUAUGCCCUUGAAAAGGCUGAAAAGAGAAAAGAGCUUGAGGGUCCUGGCAAAGAUGCCCCAAACAUCGAGGGUUUCCUCUUGGAUUGUGUGAAUAAUUUGAUCUUUGAUAUCUUAUGUGUAACAUCAAGGAAAAUCAGUGACAUUUCAAACUGUAACAUGGGAUCAUAUGACAGGCAUGAAGGCAGCAUCAGCUUUAGGGAGUAUGAGGCUGAUACCAAGUCUGGAAGAGAAGCAUUGAGCCAAUUACAUUAUUUGAUCGAGCCAAACCAGGCUUAUAAUCAUGGCGAGAGGCGAAGCAGUGUGGAGAAGUUGUCUGCUCUCAUAGGGAAGAGAGAGAGAGAGCAAAAGCAAGUACAGGAAGAGAGGGAAAGUGAGCCAAAACUGAAAGAAACCUACAGACUUACUCUGAACAGAGUGACAGCCACUGUGGUCAAAGGGCAGUCUGACUUGGGCAGGAGUGAUAAGAACACGGACUAUGUGCUCCCUUCAGCUGAAAGCUCACCACUUCACAUCCCACGAGGGAGAGCAGGAGGAGAGAGUGAGACCAGGCAGCACUCUGUAUCGUCCUCUUCGGGAGCUCUUGUGGCACUUAAAAUGGAUUCAUGCGAGUCCAAAACUCCUGUCACAUGCUUUGCUGAUGACUUGGCAACCACGGUGGUCUCCAUGGCUACAGAGCUGGCAGCAAUAUGCCUGGAGAACUCCAGCGGAAAGCAGCCAUGGUUCUGCGCCUUAAAGGGUGGUUCGGAAGGUCCAGAGGGACUGCUUUUGCCCUGCCGCACAGCCGCAGCCCUCCGCCGGAAAGAGACACAAAAUGGCACCGCAGUCACCAAGAAACACAGACCUCCACGUCUCAGUGAAAUCAAACGUAAAACUGAAGAACAGCCCGAGCUCAUGGAGCACCUGGUCAACCGUGUCGUGGACGAAACUGUCAAUCUAGAUGAACCUACCACUUCUGAUCCAUUUGCUCUCUUUGCAUCAGAGGUCACAGCCAGGAUAAUGAACUGCCCAGAAUUGAGUGUGGUGGACACUUCCAAACCUGGCCAGUCAUCUCGCAGCCGCCUGCAGUGUGAGAGAUGGAGCAGCAGGGGCAAAGCGUCAAGCUACGAGAGCAUUCCAGAGGAGGACGCAGAUCCCUCCGGGACAGCAAACACUUUGGGACCGGUAAACAGGCUUGGGCAUAAUUUAAGCAGAGGUAGCUCUAUCUCCAAGCAAUCCAGCUGUGAGAGCAUUACGGAUGAGUUUUCUCGGUUCAUGGUGAACCAGAUGGAGACAGAAGGUCGAGGGUUUGACCUUCUGCUGGACUACUAUGCUGAAAAUGCCAGCAGCAUCCUUGCAGCAGCUGUUCAGCAAGCAGCCAGUAAAAAAAAUGGACACCUCAAUGUGCGCACAUCAUCUUGUCUCUCUAAGCAGUCUAGCACUGAGAGUAUCACUGAGGAGUUUUAUCGUUUCAUGCUAAAAGACAUGGACAAGGAGAACAAGGACUACAGUAUGACCAAGACCAAAGAGUGGAGUAAUAGCCUAUUACCCCCAUCCCCUAGAACCCCAUUUUGUAUCCGUCAGUCUUCUGUUCCUGACAGGCGAUCCUCAGAUUCCAGACUAACUGUAAACUCACCCAUCAAGGCCAAUUCAUUUGAUGGAUUUGCUCGAAAUGUACAUGGAGAUUCACUCAACAUCUAUCCAACCAACUCUGUGUCGUCAACAGGACUCUGCAAGUCUGAUUCAUGCUUGUAUAAGCGUGGCCAAACAGACCAAAUCACAGACAUGCUGAUUCAUGAAACCUGGGCCAGCUCUAUCGAGUCUCUAAUGCGCAAGAAUAAGAUAAUAGCGGAGCCCUCAGAGGACAGUGUUGAGCUUGAUUCAGCAGAUUCGCAGCCACAUGUACAGCUCUUUGCUAACCGUCUAGCAGCAGACAUCGUAGAGAGUGGCAAGUCCCUGCUUGGAGGCCAGCAGGAUGGCAUUGUUGCUGCUUGUCGGCCACAAGUUACGGUUGGAGAAAGGAGGUACGGCUUUAAGCAUUCUCGUCGUGACAAUAGUGGAAACCGGCCAAGUGUAGAGCAUCUGGAAAAUUGCGGUAGCUCUCAAAGUUCGUCCUGUGUAAGGCAAGCGUGGCGUGGACAGAGGGAGGUACCCUUGAUCCACAUUGAACCUGAUCAAAGAGAAGAGGCCUCAGAAGAUAGAGGGAGGGUUGGGCCCCACCACACAGAAGCAUCCCAUCAGAUCCAUCCACAAAGUGGCAAAGAGAGUGAGACAGCAACCAGAAGCAGCAGUGACAAAGACAGGGCCUCCUCAGUGGUCACAGCACCCUCUGCAGGUGUGGAGGUGGAGCGACGCUCUCUCAGCGCUAGCAGUGAGGAAAGUGGCUCAGGCAGCUGGGCCCAGAUUGCCCCUGAAGACGACCCCCAGGAGGAGACCACCAGUAGCUUUAUCCAGCUAAGCGAGGGAAAUGGGAACAGCAGCGCUUCUAGUCUGGGAUUGGCAGACCUGGAGGGCUUUCUAGACUACACCAUCUCCAGCAACCUAAUCAGCGAGGACAGAGAGAGGAAGGCAUCUCACUGUCAGGAUCAGACGGACGGUGAGUGAUCCAGCCCUUCACAUGCACGCAUACAUAUUUGAAUGAAAGAGCAUUCAUCGCUGGAGCUUCACGACUGCGUUUGGAAUUAAAAGGAAAUCAUGCUAGCACUGCUCUUCACACUUCUGCGCUAAUGUAUUCAGUCUGAAG